AUGGAUGCAAACGAUGCAUCCUCGCCAGGGAGUCUGAGUUCGCCCCCGCACUCGCCCGAAGGAACACCCACAUCUACAGUUCGUGUUUCCAGCAAUGGUGUUGGUGUUGGCCCUGCGAACACUAGUACGCCAACCCCUGCAAAUGCGACAUCACCAGCACCACGAGGACUCACAGCAUCUGGGCAACCACGCAAAAAGCCAGGGCCGAAGCCAAAGUCGAAGGAUGCAAAUGGCCCCGAGCCUGAGAAGAAAACAAGAAAGCCUCGCAAGCCUGUAGAACCCAAGGAUCCAAGUGCAGCCCCUGUCCGCAAGAGGAGAACAAAGGCUUCUCUGGAAGCGCAGGCUACACAACCCGUACAGGCUGUUGAAGAGAAGCCCAUAAUACAAAACUCGCCCACACCGCAACCCAGGCCUAGCGAACCUGCACCUAGCGAACCUGCACCGGCACCAGCACCAGCACCAGCACCAGCACCGGCACCAGCACCAGCACCAGCACCGGCACCGCAGCAGCCAGAACCGUCGCCUUCACUUUCACAGCCUCCGCGCAUCCAGGGUACCCAAGAACCGACCCUUUAUAACAACCCCAACCUUUCUCAUAUCAGCGUUCCCCCCACUACGCCACGGCCUUCAAGUUCCGGGCAAAGAUACGAUCCUAUCCGAGGUGGCAUCAUGGAGGACAAACCACAGAUACCUGCCAGCGCGCCGCCGCCAAUAUCGCCUCCCCUCAACCGUGCAAGUGCAUCACCAUCCAUCACAAGUCUAAUCGACCCGCCUUCGGCUAGCAACUCGUUCUUCUCACAGCCUGCAAAAUUGCAACAGCAAGCAUCCAUUACCUCUGCCCCACAGUCGCCUGCCAGCUUUCACACACGGCCUGCGCCGGUCCUUCCUUCCCAGGAGUUUGCAGCUCCACCACCACAACAUCAACCACAGCCGCAGCAGUCGAUACGACAACCUCUGCCUUAUACGGCUGCACCGACAGGACCUGCACCGAUGGAGAUUGACUCAGAUGCACCAAAGCCCGUCACGGCGACAGCGCAGAAAGUGAGUUCUGCGACCAACGGCACGUCAGCAAAUACAAACGCGCCAACGCCGCCCACAAAGCCUGUACGUCAAAAAGAGGCGCCACCACCUUUGCCAAGUGGCAGUGGCCUGCUCUCCGGGACACCCUUUGGACCUGUGACAACGGCUGCGAAGGGCGCCGAUGGCCCAGUUGCACCAAACAUCUACCUUCACUUCGACCUGAAAGGACGUCAGAACACUACGAUCAACGUCGCACUGGAAAUCGAAAAGAAGUAUGGUUUCGCAGCUCUCCACCCGCGCAUCGCUGCCCGCCAAGAACGCAAGCGUCAAAUGCAAGCUGCUGGUGCUGCCCUCGAACGUGCUGCUGGUCUGUCCACAGAUGACAUGUCGGUCGACCUUUCCGAGAACGAAAGCAAUGUAGAAAUGGGUGGAAUGGACGACAAUGCAUCAGCUACCGAGAACGGAGGCAAGAAGCGUCGUAAGAGGAAGCAAGAAGAUUAUGAUAAGGAGGAUGACUUCAUCGACGACACCGAGCUUGCCUGGGAGCAGCAGGCUCUUAUGGCGAAGGAUGGCUUCUUCGUGUACAGCGGUCCUCUUGUGACGGAAGAGAAGCCAGCUGUAGAGAGAGCCGAUGGCACUGUUCGACGCGGUCGAGGUCGCGGUCGCGGCGGUACUGCACGCGGUGAGACUUCCGGCAGAGGCCGUGGGCGCGGUGGUGGUCCCGGUUCACGCGGCGGUCAGACCGUUCGCAAACCCCGCGUCACUAAGGCUGACCGUGCUGCGAUGGAGCAGGAGAAGAUCGCACGAGAGAAGAUGGGCGAAGCAAUCGCAAAGCAGCCCGUUCCCACACCGGCUGGUCCCGCUGGCUCAGCCUAG